AUGGCCCUACCCAACUCCCCUGACGCUACCCACAUUCCACCCGCUCUGAAACCGCUCGCUCCUUACGUCAAGUCGCGCCAGGAAACCCUUCAAAUUCGCCAGGCACUGACGUCUUAUCUGCGCUCAUUUAUCGAAUUCGACGAUCAGUCAAGCGACCAUGCUCAAUCCCACCUCUCCUUGUGUGCCUCGACCGAUGCUGUUACUGAUGUCAAACGUAUCCCUACCGAUCUCCCUGGGCUGAGAAAGGAUUAUCUGAAGGCAUUGGCGGCCAAUAUUGCGGCUCGCAAAGAGUUCGCGUUGGCGUCUGAGAACGUCGCCUCGUUAAGGCGCCAGAGGACGUCCCCGAACCGCCCUUCUGACGACGCUGAUCUGCAAGAACCCGGCACCGAACUUCGUGAAUACCUUGCCCUCCUACGCGAGCGACGCCGCCAUACCAAGCUGCAGGUGUUUCAGAAUUAUCUUGAGGAAAUUAAAACACGCGACGCGGGCAGCUUGGUGGACGUUGGCAACGAUGGGGAGCAAAUGCUGUUGCCGGAGGUAGAUGCAGAGGCGGGGCACGAUAGCUCUGAAACGGACUUGGAUGGUCUAGUGCAUAGUCUCGAGAGAGCAGUUAUUCGCGCGAGAACUCAAUUGGACCGGCAAAAGCAAUUGUUUGAGAAAGCCAAGGCACAGCAUGAUCCCCGAGCCGCGACUUCAGACGCUAAAGCAAAAGCAUUACAAACAACCCGGGAUGAGCUUGUACAAUGGGUGGAGGAACGGCUAGUUGGUCAAGAGGAUCCGGAUGAGAGUCUUCUUCAAGAACUUCCUCCGGAUGAAAUCGAGGAGGCCCAGCGGGAGCUAGAGAAUCGCAAGAUACAAAUUACGGAGCAAUAUGCUACAUAUCUGCGAGCCCGGCGAGAUCUCCUCGACGCCGCCUCCAGAGCUUGUCAGCCAGUUAAUGUGGCCCAGAAGCCUCCGUCACGACCAACCAACAAAAACGAACUUGCCAUAGCCGAAAUGCCACCACCCAACCCAAUCGACGUUCUGUCAUACACAAACGAAAACCUGGUUCCGCUACUUAAGAGUGAAAAGUCGCUGGCUCUCCAGAAAUCCUAUUUAUCCGGCUUACUCUCGAAAGAAAAGUCCACGACCCUCCGCGCUCUCAAUCGUUUAAGCGACGAAUCCCACCUACUCCCCGAAUACCCCGCUCCCGCCCGCCAGCCGCGCUUUAAUCAUGCGGCUGCUGCUCUCAACUCGCGGAUCCAGACCCAGACCUCCGAUCAGACCCGGGAUGAGGUUGUUGGUCUCGCUGAAGCAUGGGCAUUUGCCUCUAAUGCUGCAGCUGCCAAUGGACGAGACUUUGUUCAACAAAAGAUCGCAUUGGGUGCUGAGGUUGCGCAGGACUCCCGGCAGACCCUGGCUGAUGUUUGUAAAACGCUCAACCAGGAUCUCGAUGAGGUGCUGGAGGGUCAGGAGAGCCGAGAUGUGUCGGAUUCAUGGGCCUCCGACACUUGUUCCGCGAAGGGGAUGUCGAGGGGUGGGUCUCGGAUUGAGAAACAACCGAGUGGUCCUUGGUCUCGUCUGAAUGGGAGAGUGGGGGUUGUAGAAUAA